AUGAGUUCAAGGACGCCCAACAAUGGGAGAGAAUCUCCAACGGGCUCGGAAGGGACCUGGCACCCUGCACGCGAAUGGUUGGAAGAGGAUGAGGUUGAUGCCGAAUAUCACCCCGCGCUAGAGCCGUCGGAGCACGAUGGCUCAUGGGAGGACGACAUCUCCAAUGAAGAUGAGCAAAUGGGCUCACGGGCUGUAAAUGAAAAUACUCGCAUCAACAUCGGAAACAUCCGGAUCCAACUUAUCACAGACGAUUCGCAGAGCGAGGGUACAGACGAUCUGAACGAGAGGCACGCCCGUGUACCGGCUUCCCGGUUGUUCGAGUUGCUUGCAUCUAGUGGUUUGCAACAUAUCCUCCAAGCCAACGGCUGGCCGGCAGCAAUGGAAGAAGAACAGGAGCAGUUUGAAGAUGAAGACGAUGGGUUAAGUGACGAAGAUUUCAUUCCCAUCUUCCGAAAUCGCCUCGGAGCCAGACGAUCCGCAGAAAGCGUCAAACUUCCACCGGUUCCUAACCCAGAAGGCAAGAAGUUGAUGGGCGAGGGCCAAUUCGGAACUGAUCCGUUCUACGGCGACCGGCUCAGGCAGCGCAAGAAAUCUCUAACGACAAGCCUUAUGUGGCGAGAACUAGGAAUUGAUACUGAUGGAGUGCAGAAGAGAGCCGGCCAAUUUAUCUUUCAGAGCCUCAUUCCAUGUUCGACUGCGGACAGGAUCAUUCACUAUGACACGCGAAGUUAUUCAGGCCAGUUCUCUGAUGAUGGGAAUUUCUUUUUCUGCUGCGCACAAGACUUCAAGGUUCGGAUGUACGACACAUCCAAUCCGUACGAUUGGAAAUACUAUAAAACCGUCGAUUAUCCAUUCGGUCAGUGGACUAUCACCGAUGCAACAUUGAGUCCCGACAACCGCUUCCUUGUCUACAGUUCAAUACGAAGUCAGGCAUACAUGGCCACCACAGACCCAGAGGACGAUUCAGAUCCCACUAUUUUAGAUUUAUCUGCUCCUCCGGGCCAAAGGAGAACACAGGGCUGGGGCGGUUCGCACUUCGGGAUCUGGUCUCUUCGAUUCUCUGGGGAUGGACGUGAGGUUGUUGCUGGCACUUCAGAAGACUCGGUCAUCGUUUACGAUCUGGAAACACGACAGCCAGUUCUAAACCUCCGAGAUAGGCAUCAACAUCAUGUCAAUGCUGUAUGCUACGGAGACACAUCGUCGCCGCACAUCUUGUACUCCGGAUCUGAUGACACGACAAUCCGGGUUUGGGACCGACGGUCAAUGGGCGACGGACGUGAAGCCGGUGCUUUUAUGGGCCACACCGAGGGACUAACGUACGUGGAUAGCAAAGGCGACGGUCGAUACGUCCUAUCAAAUAGCAAAGACCAAACGAUGAAGCUUUGGGAUCUGCGGAAGAUGAUGACGUCCGCCGAUGUCGAAAACAUCGACCCCGUCGACUACACAACCGGCUUCGAUUACCGCUUCGAGCAGUACCCAGACCAGUUUCGCAGAAUCGCCAAGAACGACUGCUCUGUUGUUACAUAUCGGGGCCACCGAGUCCUCAAGACCUUGAUCCGCUGCCACUUCUCGCCACCGGGAAGUACAAAUUCACGCUAUGUUUACAGUGGGAGUGAGGAUGGCAAGGCUUAUGUGUACAACUUGGAUGCCACACUAGCCGGAAUUAUUGACGUUGGUCAAGCAACACUUAACUCUCGACCGCGCGAUUCAGAUGCCUACGCUACAGCGUAUGAGAUGAGUGGGGAGAUGCUGUGGAGGACUUGCGUUCGCGAUGCAAGCUGGCACCCGAGCGCGCCGGUACUAGCAGCAACUUCCUGGAACGGCUGGGGCUUGUCUACUGGCACCUGCACUGUACAUUCUUGGAAUGCCGGUGCUACUAAAGACGAGGGUGAUCCACCCGUUGGGAAGAGUUAUGAUGAUAAACUACGGUACAUCCCUGAGUUCGAUCAAUACCGUGAGAACGCAUCGAAUGCUCGACCCAGGCGUCCAUUGCGCAGUCGGCCUGUUCGUCGAUGGGCGGGUGAUGAGGUAGCAGAAGACACAAUCUGGUAG